AUGAAGUUUCUAAAUGUUCUGCUAGCUCUUAUAGUAUUUUCUAUCAAUCCUGGACAAUCAUCAGACCUUGGUUCUUUUGAAGAUUAUGCUGGAGAGAAUGAAAACGAUAAUUUGAGAGAAUGUUUUUUCCAAGGAAAAAUGGCUGCUGGAGCAAAGUUUAGAAGAUUAGAUCCAUUAUCCGCUGAAGAACUCGAUAGAGCUGAAGACGCAAUCAGAGAAUGUGUCAAUAAAAUGGCAAAAAUCAACAAAAAAGUAGAUGAUGUCAAAGAUGCUUUGAGUGAUGAAAUUUUCCAAGCCUUUCAAUUCUUUGAGGUUCAAAAUAUUCCAUGCAGUUUGAAAUUGAAAAGCAGAAAAUCCUGGGAUGACCAAGAAAGCAAAAACUGCUUUAUAUCAACAGGCAUGAGACCAGGUGAUUAUUUUUGCAAUGAUAGUUGGGGAAAAGAUGGAUGUAUGAUUGAUAUUUGGAGAAAAGAAUGUUCAGAUAAAUUGGUUGAGGGAAUGCAGAGAUUUUUGCCAUUUAUGCAGAAAAAACAAAAGGAAUGUGUGGAUUUGUUUUCUAAUAAACUCGGAAACAUUCUAUAA